GCCCAGCCCGGCCCAGCCCCGGAGCCAUGCCGCUGCCGUGCCGGGGCUGGACGCUGGCGCUGCUCACGCUGCUCGUCGGUUUCCUCAUCUUCGCCGAUAUCUCGGAGAUCGAGGAGGAGAGCGGGAGUUCUGGAGGCAGAGGUACAAUCAGAUCAGCUGUGAACAGCUUACAUAGCAAAUCUAAUAGAGCUGAAGUAGUAAUAAAUGACUCCUCAUCUCCAGCUGUUGUUGACAGAAGUAAUGAAAGCAUUAAGCACAACAUUAAACCAGCCUCAUCUAAAUGGAGACACAACCAGACACUCUCUUUGAAGAUCAGAAAACAGAUCUUGAAGUUCCUGGAUGCAGAGAAGGACAUUUCAGUGCUGAAGGGGACGCUGAAGCCGGGGGACAUCAUCCACUACGUCUUUGACAGGGACAGCACCAUGAACGUGUCCCAGAACCUGUACGAGCUGCUGCCCCGCACCUCUCCCCUCAAGGGCAAGCAGUUCCCCAGCUGUGCCAUCGUGGGCAACUCGGGGGUGCUGCUCAGCAGUGGCUGCGGCCCCGAGAUCGAUGCCCACAGCUUCGUCAUAAGGUGCAACCUGGCCCCCGUGCAGGAGUACUCCCAGGACGUGGGCAUGAAGACAGACCUGGUGACCAUGAACCCCUCGGUGAUCCAGCGCGCCUUCGAGGACCUGGUGAACGAGACAUGGCGGGAGAAGCUGCUGCAGCGCCUGCACAGCCUCAACGGCAGCAUCCUCUGGAUCCCAGCCUUCAUGGCCAAGGGGGGCAAGGAGAGAGUGGAGUGGGUGAACGAGCUCAUCCUCAAGCACCACAUCAACGUCAGGACUGCCUACCCCUCGCUGCGCCUGCUGCACGCGGUCCGAGGGUACUGGCUGACCAACAAGGUGCACAUCAAGCGACCCACCACCGGCCUCCUCAUGUACACCCUGGCCACCCGCUUCUGCAACCAGAUCUAUCUCUAUGGCUUCUGGCCCUUCCCCCUGGACCAGAACCAGAACCCAGUCAAGUACCACUACUACGACAGCCUCAAGUACGGCUACACCUCGCAGGCCAGCCCGCACACCAUGCCCCUGGAGUUCAAAGCCUUAAAGACGCUGCACCAGCAAGGAGCCUUGAAGCUGACUGUGGGGGAGUGCGAUGGGGCCACGUAGGCUGGUCCCCACCCCAGGCACGUUCCUGCACAGCCACGGGAGGAGGGGAGGGGGCAGAGAGGACGAGCGGCGCCUGGCGGGGUGGGUCUCGGUCCGGGCGCAGCAGUGACACAACUAUAUCUACGUGGUACCUAUAUAUAUUGACCUGAGUGUUAUAACUGUUUGGUGUUCACCAAGGCAGGGGCAGGAGACAGGCAGGGGCGUCUCACAGCACUGGCCUGGCCGAGACCCCUUUGCUGUGGGGCUUGCUGGACUCGAAGGGUGUUUGCCUUCCGUGGGAGAGGCGUGGAGGGGGCCUUGGUUUCGGAGGGUGUGUGGGGAUGGGUAACCGUGAGCCGUUUGUCGUGACUGGUCCCAGGUUGGUAGUUAGUUUGUUUGGCCAAGGGCAGCGAGGAGCUCCCUUGGCCCCGUGCUCGUGGCGGGGAGGGGAAGGGGCAGGGAGGGGGUGGGCAGGGAAGGUUUGUUGGUGGCUCUCACAGCCCAGGGUCCCGUGGCACCCAGCAGGAGCCGGGUCCUGCCCCUGCAGGGAGCAGUGCCCAGAUCCGUCCAAACACGGGGUGGGCACAGCCUUGGGAGCAGGGGAAGCCUCUGGGGCUGCAGGAGGUGGCAGGGAGCAGAGCUAAGCUGAUCCCAGUGACACACACAGAGAGGCACUGGGCCAGGGGGAUGAUGAGGAAGACGCUGAAUGCGUAUUUCUCUUCCUUUUCCGAGGAGCAGAGGUGUUGGAAUGUCACAGGAAGGAGCUUUGCAGAGAAGCACCAUUAGUAUUGAGUAGCCUCACUGUGUCACAAGGACACCCAGCAUCUGUCAGGGCUUGUGAAAACCAUAAGUAUAUCUAGCUCUAAUUCCCAACUGUUCCCUGCUAAGCAGCCUGCCUUCUUUCCUCCUCCAAAAUCUGCCAAAAUGUGGAUGAUAGGCCUAGACCCAGCCAAGCAGAAAGACCACAGGACUUCAAGGGACUAUUUCAAGUCUAAAUAAUUUAUUUUCAGUUUCUCCCUGAAGAACCAGCACAUAGUGCUGAAUUCCUGGAGUCCCACUCUGUCAGUCCUUUCAAGCCCUAAUUAUCUCUCACUCCCAACAGUUAAGUAGGAUGUCAGAUGGAUCUUGAUGGGAUGCUUGCCUAGUGAUGAGCAUCAUAGAAAUAAUAUUUUCUUUUUUUUUUUUUUUUCCUGCCAGACAGAACCCAAAAUAUAAAGAAUUUUUUAUAACCACAUUUGCUUUUCUCUGAUUUUCGGGGGGUUUGAAGGUAGCAACUAGAUUGAUCUGAUGAUUCCGUUUCAUUUUCUGCCUCUGUAGCCUAUUCUGUUUGUCUCCUAAUUAGCACUCAGUGCCAGAAUGCAGGUGAGUCCAGGGUUCAGUGAGGGCUGUUUGGGUUUAAUUUGUGGGAGAGUAAAUAACACUGCACAGGCAGACCUCAGGCAUGCACUUCACUGCUGCCAUGGCUGGCUAUCAUCACCUUUGGGCCUCCUCCUGCUGCUGCGUUUUUUAAGUUAAAAAGUGCACAGUUUGGGGCUGAAAUACUUGACAUUGUCUCUUUAAAUGCUGACUGCUUCAAGUGGUAAAGAAAGAGCUCACUUUCAUGUUUUGGGCCAUAGAAGCUACUGUACCCAUAGGAGCCUCCAGCCUGCUAAUUAGUGUCAGAUGAAGAUGGCUAAGAUUAAGGUAUAAGCAACAUUAUAGUGGAUAAAUGUGGGCUAAUCUGCCACUGAGGGGAUGUUUCUUUCCAGCACCAGAAAAUCGUUUCUUUCAUGUCUUUUUUUUUUUUUUAAACCUGGUGUCUUUUUUUUUUUCCCCUGCAUAUUAUUUUUACUUGGCUUUAGUUUCACAAUAAAGCUAAACCUGGCUGUGAACCUCAGCUUAAGCUGAGACAGAAGGAGACAGAGAGUAAAACUGCAGGUGGGAAGUAAUCUGCAAUCCCAGGGAGCUUCCCACGAUUCAGGAGUGGUUCUUAAAGCCAGAUAAUUCCCAGGUUUGUCCCCAGCACAGGGGGAGGGACAGAGCAGGGCUGGAGCUGCAGGGACUGCUAAAGCCAACUGUUGUAUUGAGGGGCCUGGGCCAUGGUUACUGAUUGCUGUUAGCAAACCUUCUUUUUGAAUAAAAGUAGAGGAAAUGAAACAAAUGUGCAGGGGUUUUAUUUUUAUUCUGUAUUU